AUGUCAGGCCGUGAAGUGUAUAUCGCAGCAGCACAGCGUACACCCAUCGCAUCUAUCAACGGCGGUUUAGCAACGCUGAGCGCACCACAGCUUGGUGUUGUAGCAGUCAAGAAGGCACUUGAGAAAUCAAAUGUACCAGCGUCCGCAGUGGAGGAGUUAUACUUUGGACAAGUCCUUCAAGCUGGCUGUGGACAGUCACCUGCUCGUCAAGUCGUCCUUGGCGCUGGCUUACCAGAUACUGUAGACGCUACAACCGUCAACAAGGUCUGCGCUUCUGGUAUGAAGGCUAUCAACCUCGCUGCUCAAUCCAUCAGACUCGGUGAGAAAGACGUCGUCGUUGCUGGUGGUAUGGAAUCCAUGUCCAAUGCUCCAUACCUUCUUCCUCGCCAGAAGGCUCCUGUUGGCCAUUUCCAGGCUUCUGAUGCUAUCAUGACUGAUGGCCUCUGGGAUGUGUACAACAACAUUCACAUGGGUGGCUGUGCUGAAUCUGCCGCUAAGAAGUUCGAUAUCACUAGAGAAGACCAAGACAAUUACGCUAUUGAAUCUUACAGACGCUCAGCUGACGCAUGGAAGACUGGUCGCUUCGAUAAUGAGAUCGCCGAAGUUGUAGUAAAGACGCGCAAGGGCGAUAUCAUCGUCAAAGAAGAUGAAGAGUACAAAAAGAUUCUCCUCGACAAGGUCCCAUCGCUCCGUCCUGCAUUCCAAAAGGAGAAUGGCACAGUAACGCCAGCUAACGCGUCAACUUUGAAUGACGGUGCAUCUGCUUUGAUACUUGUGUCUAAAGAAAAGGCUGAGGAAUUGGGUAUUAAGCCAAUUGCAAAACUCAUCGCAUCAGCUGAUGCUGCCAUGGCACCAAUUGAUUUCCCAAUUGCUCCAACGAAAGCACUCCCAAUCGCACUCCAGAAGGCAAACGUUGAGGUUAAGGACAUUGCCAAGUUUGAACUCAACGAGGCAUUCUCUUCCGUAGCUAAAAUUGGUGAAAAGGCGCUCGGUCUCGAUCUCGCCAAGGUUAACGUCAACGGUGGUGCUGUCAGUCUUGGACACCCUAUCGGAAACUCGGGCUCGAGAAUCGUCGUUAGCUUGAUCCACCAAUUGACCACUGGUGAAAAGGGUGCUGCUGCUAUCUGCAACGGUGGUGGUGCUGCUACUGCACUCGUCUUGGAGAGACUCUAA